AUGAUGGAAGAUGAUGAUCGUAGGUUUGGUGGGGGAAAGGGCUAUGGAGAUGUCGUGAAUGUGAAUGAAGAUGUGAAUGAAGAUGAGCCGCGACGACUUGUAUCUGGGUUCGGCUGAGGCAGAGGUUGCCUUUGUAUAAAAUGCGUGAGCAGGUCAGUUUGGUCCAUCAUUGAACGGUUGGACAUCGAGGGCUUAAGCACGACCAACGCGACGAUGAAUUUCUUUGGCGCCUUCUUUGCGCUCGCCAUUUGCGCGACCUGUGGAUUAACCCAAGCGGAUAUAUCACUCAAGCUACGGCAGCAGCAGCAGCAGCAGCAACAACAGCCGCUGAUCAUCAAGGAGCAGUACUACAAGACGGGCGGCGGCCAAAGCGCUGGUGCUGGCUUCCAGGAGAGCAACUACGCCAAUUCUGGCUAUCAAAUAUUUGAGGUGCACAAUCACUAUCAGGGCAAGAGCAACGCCUAUUUGCCGCCCUAUCAGCAGGCUGCCCGCACCCGUCCUACCCAGGCACAGGUUCAGGUUCAGCCUCAGGCUCAGUCUCAGUCUCAAGCUCAGACCCAGGAUGACAGUCUGGAUGUGUCUUUCCUCAGCUUAGGCCUGCAGUCGCAUGCCCAGGCUGCUGCAGCAGCUCCAUCUGCUGCUCCAGCUCCAGCAUCCGUUUCCGUUGCCGUGCCCUUCCCUUCAAGCUAUCAGCAUAACUUCCAGCGUACGCAGCCAUUGGCUGUCGCUCAGUCAUCCUCCUCUGUCUUUGGCGCUCAGCCCUACCUGCCUCCUACUUCCGCCACGCCCAGUGUGCAGACACAGCAGCAGCAACAGCAGCAGCAGCAGCAGCAAUACUCACAGCAAAGCUAUGAGGCUCCUGGAUAUCUGCCACCUGCCACUGCCACGGAAGUUACACAAACAAACUAUCGGGCACCCGACUAUCUGCCUCCCACAGUGUCCUAUCCCCAACAGCAACAACAGCAACAGCAACAGAAUGUCUACAGUGCUCCUGCCUAUCUGCCACCUACUACCAGCAGCAGUGCCACUGCCACUGCCACUGCCACCACAUCAAUCCAGGCACACAGCACAGCCACCAGCCUGGCCGACUACAAUGCUCCUUCCUAUCUGCCACCUCAACAGCAGCAGCAAGUGGAGCAACAAGUCCAGCAGCAAGUGCAACAGCAAGUCCAGCAACAGCAACAGCAGACACCUGCAGCAGCACAAGACUAUCAUGCACCUGGAUAUCUGCCACCUGGCUACGACUUUGAGAAUCCCGAUAGAAUCCCACUAUCGCUGAUACAGUCCCAGUCCCAGUCCCAGUCUGUUGCUCCUGUCCAGAAUGUUGCUCCUGUCCAGCAUGUUGCUCCUGUCCAGCAUGUUGCUCCUGUCCAGCAUGUUGCUCCUGUCCAGCAUGUUGCUCCUGUUCAGCAAGUUGUCGGCGAUUACCGUGCUCCUGGCUACCUACCACCCGGCUACGAUGAGCCCCAGCAGCAGCAGCAGCCACAGGCGAACAUCAUCUACCAGCAGCCGCAGCAGCAACAACAGCAGCAGCAAUUGAUUGUUGCACCCACUCAGGCCACUGUCAGCCAGAGUCAAACUGUGGCACUGCCCGAUGGCUAUGACUUUGAGAAGCCCGAGAACGCGGAGGCAGCCAUUGCCGAGCUGCACAGCCUGCAGACACAGACGAAAUUGCUCAAGCAGCAGCAGCAGUUGCAACUGCAAUUGCAGCAGCAACAGCAACAGCAGCAAGUGCAGCAGCAGCAGCAGCAACAGCAGCAAGUGCAGCAGCAGCAACAGCAGAUUGUGGUGCAAUCUCAAUUGCAGGUUUCUAACCAGCAGCAGGGAUCCGAUAUUGUCUAUGGCCGUCCAAAGUUCCAACAACAGCAGCAGCAGCAACAACAACAGUUGGUGGCAACAGGCGCACACCAGACACUGCACCAGUACACAGCUCCUCGGUAUCUGCCACCAACAGGUGCAGCAGUUUCUGUGCAGACAGCAGCUCCAGUUUCCAUCUCCAUUCCACAGCCAGCUCCCGCUCCAGCACCAGCCACAGCCACUUAUCGCACGCAGCAGCAGCAACAGCAACAGCAACAGCAACAGCAGCAGCAGCAGCAGCAACAGCAACAGCCCCAGCAACAACAGUACACAACUCCUGGCUACUUGCCACCAGUGGCUAUUGCUCCCGCUGCAGCUCCUGUUGCGUCCCCACUGCCAGCUCCUGCUCCGGUUCCAGCACCAGCUGUGGCUGCAGCCCCAGUUGCCAUUGUCCAAGCAACAUCCACGGCCACCACUUACCGAGCACAGCAGCAACAGCAACAGCAGCAGCAGCAGCAGUACAACGCUGCUGGUUACCUGCCACCAGUGGCUGUCCGUGCUCCAGCUCCCACCCAGGUGACGCACAUCCAUUCGCUGAGGAGCUACAUGAAUACGGUGCAGCCUUUUGCCCGCUAUGCCCAACCAGUGGCAUUCCGCCAGCAGCAGCAGCAGCAGCAACAGCAUCAGCAGCAUCAGCAGCAACAUUACCAGCAGCAGGUCAUCGAGGUGGCUCCCAUGUACCGUGAGCAGUCAAAGCGUCCCCGCUUCUAUGCCCCAGCCAUGUCAUAUGUGCGCAAUGCCGUGCCACGUCAGCAGCAUCAUUUGCAUCAUCAUUAUCAUCGCGUGGUGCAGGCACAGCCACAGCCACAGGCCAGGCACCAAGUGAUUACCCAGAAACUGCUGCCAGUUGGCCCGGCACCCACUCUGAGCCUGAGGGCGCAGCAAUCGCUGCAGAAGUUCAUGCCAAAGGAUGUGCAGGUGGCUGUGAAUGUGGCCAUGGCUGCGGCACCAGCACCGGCACCACAUCGCGGUAGCUCCCGCGUGCGCACUGUGCAGAUUGUCAAGCCCCAUGCGGUGCGUACCUUCAAGGUGCUGGAGACAAUCGAUCAGGCCGGCGUCAAAACGAUCAAGAUUCUGGGCGCGACCAAUGAGCAGCCCCAUGGGCACCAUCAUGUCGUCAAGGUGGUCACCCAGGACGCGCACAGCGGCGUCGAGAGUCACGUACAGACGGUGAAUAUCUACGACGAUGUGCAGGCCUAUGUCCCACAGCCACUGAGAGCCCAGAUUGUGCGCAACAAUGGAGCCAAUGGAUACCUGCCACCGCGUCCCAGGACACGCAUUGUGCGUCAGACACCCGCCACAUCCACAUCCUCCACCUCUGGCAAGACACUGCGCCUGUUCCCGGUGCCCAAAGGUCUGUAAGAGCUGUUGGGAACGGCUUGGACCCAAGCGGAUACGCUCUAGCACUGAUUAGUUGUUAAUUUUCAUCAUCCACCAACCGCUUUUAUUUGUUGAUGUUGUCGUUUAUUGUUAAUGCCUCAUUUCGCAUGCAUUUUCUGUUGAAAUUCCAGUCCCCCGAAUCCAAUCCGAAUCCCCAUCGCAAUCGCAGUCCAAAUCGAAGUCAUUUGCAUGCAACAAAAACAGCUGCCAACGAAUCGAAUU